AUGAGUGAAUUUAAGACACCGACGACAAAAAAAUAUAAAAGUCGUAUGCAAGAUAAUCCGGAACUGCGAACACCCAUUAAAAUACCUGCUUCACCAUUCCUAACACAAAUAGGUUAUGGAUGUGGAGUUAAUGUGUUUACUCUGGAACGUUCACCUAAAGUCGGUUUCUCUCGGUCACCAUGGGCAAUAAAGAAACGAAAUCGCAAAAUUGAAGAUAAUAAAUAUAACGAACGGAUUCGUUUCGAAGCAGACGUACUUCGCAAAUUAAACCAUGAAAAUAUUGUUGGUUUUCGGGCUUUUGCAGAAAUUUCGAACGGCGAGCCAUGCUUGUUAAUGGAAAAAUUAGACUCUUCUUUAGGUGAUAAGAUAGAACAAAGACUUGAAUCUGGAGAUGAUCAAUUUCCUGCUAAUAACAUUUUGAAAAUAACAUAUGAAAUUGUAAAAGGAUUGGAAUAUUUGCAUCAUACUGCACACAUUUUACAUGGUGAUAUAAAAAGUUACAAUGUAUUAGUUUCUACUGAUUAUAAAAUAGUUAAGUUAUGUGAUUUUGGAGUAUCACUACCACUGACAGAUUCUUUAGAAAUUGAUACUUCAAAAGGAAAUUUUGUAUAUGUGGGAACAGAGUGUUGGAGUGCCCCAGAAAUUAUAUUUGAGGAUGGUCCUACUACAAAUAAGGCUGACAUUUGGGCAUGUGGUCUUGUUGUUUGGGAAAUGAUAGCUUUGUCACCACCUCAUGUAGAUUCUUCAGAAAUGGAUGAAUCUUGUUUGGAUGAUUCAGUGGUAGAAAUACCAGUGAGAAAUAAUACAUCAAUGAAUGAACAUGAUAUUAGCAUCAUGGAUGAUAGUAUUGGCUUCCUCAAUGAAAUGGUCAAUAACAAAUGUGGUACUCGUCCUCCAUUACCGGCCAUUAAUUUAGGAAAAGAAUAUGAGAAAGUACUUGAAAUAUUUUUUGCAUGUACUAGUAUAAAUUAUAAACUUAGACCUAGUGCAAAAGGUCUUGCUAAUUAUUUUAGAAAUUAUGUAUAUAAA